ACUAGCCGUCACUUCGACAUCAUGGCGUAGCGAUGUGGACAACCGGGGGCACUGGUGGGCACGGAGAAGUUGAGAAAAGAACCAUUGUGGACUUUUAGGGUGAACACUGAAGGAAAGCAAUAAACGAAAAUCCUGUUAUUACUUCCAGCUGAGUUACGAUUCAUCAGUGACUAAAGAUGAUGUCAGAUGCCAGUGACAUGUUGGCAGCUGCCUUGGAGCAGAUGGAUGGCAUUAUAGCAGGUAAAGGCUCCAAGGCUCUGGACUACUCUAACGGGUUGUUUGACUGCCAGUCGCCCACCUCUCCUUUCAUGGGCAGCCUGCGGGCACUUCACCUUCUGGAAGACCUACGGAGUGUCCUGGAGUUGAUGGACACAGACGAAAGGGAGAGCCUCCGUUGUCAGAUCCCUGACUCUACAGCUGACAGUCUGGUGGAGUGGUUACAGGGUCACCUGUCCAAUGGACACAUCCCUCUGAGUGGAGGAGACCAUUACCAGGAAAGGCUUUCCCGACUAGAGAGUGAUAAGGAGUCUCUGGUGCUUCAGGUGAGUGUACUGACAGACCAGGUGGAGGCACAGGGUGAGAAGAUACGGGAUCUGGAUCUGUGUUUAGACGAGCACAGGGAGAAGCUCAAUGCCACUGAGGAGAUGUUGCAACAGGAGCUUCUUUGCAGAACAGCACUUGAAAACCAGAAGCUCGAGCUGAUCUCUGAAGUGUCCAACUUAAAGCUGAAGUUGAAUUCCAUGGAGAAGGAGAGACUGGACUUUGAUGACAGAUUUAGGGACAGUGAGGAUUUGAUUCUUGAAAUUAAUGAACUGCGGUACAGAAUGACAGAGCUGGAGACUGAAAAGUUACAGUACGAAAAGAAACUUAAAUCUACAAAGUCGCUAAUGGCCAAGCUUUCUAGCCUGAAAAUCAAAAUGGGCCAGAUGCAGUAUGAAAAACAGAGGAAAGAGCACAAACUCCAAGCUAUGAAGGAGGAACUUGCCAUACUGAGGAGGCAGCUGGAGGGCAAAGACGGAGAAAUGAGGCGACUACAGGAUGAGACGGGCUUCAAAGCUGUCGCCGCGUGCAGUACAGAUCCCACAGAGAGAGUCUCUCAUCCAGAUGAAACUCUUAGAAAGAGGCUGAAAGAAAAACACGUGGAAGUGCAGAGAAUGAAAAAGGCAGUUGAAUCAUUGAUGGCAGCCAAUGAGGAGAAGGAUCGUAAGAUUGAAGAACUAAAGCAGUCACUGUUGCGGUACAAGAAAGUUCAAGACAUGGUGAUGUCAGUACAAGGCAAAAAAGAGAAAGCUAAAGACAGCGAGCACUUUGAAAGUCAAGGUGAGGGUUCCACAGGUGUUUCGUCAAAUGGUGCUCCAUUUGUCGAGCAGGACAAGCAGGAAAUGAUGGAUGUGGAACAAGUGAAAAGGAAGAGCCCAGACGAGGAGAGCCUCAGUAGACUGAUUGUGGAGUCUUCGCCUUCUCCCAGUCCCACUGAUCAGGAACGAGUAUCACAGUCUACACCCACAGAUGGCGAAAGCACUCAAGAUAGCACAAAGUUUGGCACCCAGGAGCAGCUGGAGAAAGUGAAUAAUGAAAAGAAUACAAGUGAGGAGAUCACUAAGAUUAGUGAAAAGCCACCCAUUGGUCCUUCUGCCACGUUGCCUGCCACCACCGAUGAUGAAAGCUUUGGCUCAAGAAAGGCCCGUUCUUCUUUUGGAAAGGGCUUCUUCAAGAUCCGUGGGGGCAAAAAGACAACGAGCACCCCUAACCUGGACCGCAGCCGGAGUGCAAGUGCGCCUAUGCUAGCUGAAACAGAGCGACAGGGCACUGACCAUCUGGAUCUGGCUGGGCUGCCUCAGAGGUCAGCUAACAGCGAUAGCACCCACACGCUCCCUACAACCCCAGAAAGCAGGAAGAAAUCCAAAGGAAUAAAGAAACUUUUUGGAAAGCUAAAAAGAAGUCAGUCCACCACUUUCAACCUGGAUGACAACCUUCCAGAGGGCGAGUUCAAAAGAGGAGGAGUCCGAGCCACAGCAGGACCCAGACUGGGCUGGUCCCGUGACCUCCAGCGAGUCAACAAUGAUGUGGAUGCGCCAUUUGCACGCUGGUCCAAGGAUCAGGUGUGUGACUGGCUGCAGGAGCAGGGUCUCGGCCUUUACGUGAACAUGGCUCAUGUGUGGAUUUCCUCUGGACAGACACUGCUGCAGGCUUCACAGCAAGACCUAGAGAGGGAGCUCGGUAUCAAACACCCACUGCACAGAAAGAAGCUUCAGCUCGCUCUGCAGGCUCUGGGCUCAGAAGAAGAGGAUAAUAAGGGAAAACUGGACUACAACUGGGUGACGAGAUGGCUGGAUGACAUCGGUCUGCCUCAGUAUAAGACCCAGUUUGAUGAGGGCAGGGUGGACGGUCGCAUGCUGCACUACAUGACAGUGGAUGACCUGCUUUCUCUCAAAGUGGGGAGUGUCCUGCAUCACCUCAGCAUCAAGAGAGCUAUUCAAGUACUACGGCUCAACAACUAUGAGCCCAACUGCUUGCGUCGCAGGCCAUCGGAUGAGAAUAAUAUUUCACCGGCUGAGAUCUCCCAGUGGACCAACCACAGGGUGAUGGAGUGGCUGAGGUCUGUAGAUCUGGCAGAAUACGCUCCUAACCUGAGAGGCAGUGGUGUGCACGGAGGCCUGAUGGUUCUGGAGCCACGUUUCAAUGUGGAGACCAUGGCACUGCUGCUGAACAUACCCCCCAAUAAGACCCUGCUGCGUCGCCACCUCGCCACACACUUCACUCUGCUCAUUGGUUCAGAGGCUCAGCAGCUCAAACAGGAGUGUCUCGAAAACCCAGACUAUACUUUGCUCACUGCAACCACCAAGGUCAAGCCAAGGAAGCUGUCCUUUGGUAACUUUGGCAGCCUGAGGAAGAAGAGGCAGGAUGAGAGUGAAGAGUAUGUGUGUCCUAUGGAUGUGGAGAUGCCAAAGGGGCGGAGCUUUCAGAAAGGCUUUGAGCUCCAAAUCUACGAGGACGACCUCGACAGGCUAGAACAGAUGGAGGACUCGGAGGGAACUGUGAGACAGAUUGGCGCUUUUUCAGAGGGAAUCCAAAAUCUGACAAGCAUGUUGAAAGAUGAUGAAUUCUUUAAAGAGAUUUCCAAUUCACCGAACCCCAGUGUAACAGACGAAGACUCUAAUGCAUGAAGCCGUCGACUUCAUAAGACCUGGUCCUGCUGUGAACAAAACUCUGUGCCAACCCUCUCUACUCACACUGACGGGUCUCGAACAACCACAACAAUGUUCCCACUUUUUGUCUUAGUGUCACAUUCAAAAAUGAGCCAAAAGUAUUACAUAUUCCUUUUUUUAACCUGUUUUUAUCAAUGGUUUUGUGAAAACCUUCAGUCUAGUUGCCACUAUUACUCCUGAACUGUGUCUCGGUCACAUGUAGGACAACACCACUGUCUGCCUGCCAGCUGGUUUCUGGAGAUAUUUUAUAUUCUGGCUUCUUUCUGUUAAUGUUUUAAUUAAAGAGUAAACCAACAGAAAAAAAGACAUCUAUAUUAUGCCCGUAUAGAUUUAAUAUAUGUCUUUUAAAUUUCCUGUGACUGUAGAAAUAAUAAUAUUAAAAAAAGAGAUGGUUGUCAUUCAGAGGUAAUGUUUUCCCAUUUUAAGUCACUCUACAGUUAAAACUCCAAAAUGCAGCUGCUAUGGUUUCUACAGACCUAAACUUUUCUAACUAAAUGGAAAAUGUCUUAUGUUUUAUCGUAUAAUGAACAUUUCACAGGUAUUUGCAUAUUUUGCAUGCAGUUGCACCGAUACAUAUCAUUCAAUAAAAAGCAUAAUGAAUAUCAUUGCAUGGUAUUGAAACCUGACAGUAAUAUAAGAGCUUUUCUUAGCUUAUCUAACUGUAUUUUCACUACAGAUGGAUUUGAAUGGACUCCUGCUGACUCACACCAGGUUAGAUUUGGUCAAGUGUUUCAGCAGCAGUUUCAGGUUUAUGACAUAACGUCAGUAAUAAUGUUGUAAUGCAGCCCAUGUCAUGCAUACCUGAGAAGAUGGAUUGUUUUUUUUAAUGUUUAUCCAUUUCUAAGAUCAAUAAAAAGUUAUUUAAAUUA